AUGAGCAGCACAUGCAGGUCAGCAGGAAGCAGGAAGCUGACAGAUAAUUGUGACAGUCACCUGGUGUCUGACUUGCUUCAAUCAGCUUUCGAUUGCUCUUCCAAGUUCUCAAGCAGUCACAGCCCUGGCUUCGCGAAGCUGAACAGGAGAGAUGGAGCUGGUGGAUGGUCACCCCUGGAAUCUGACAAAUACCAAUGGUUACAGAUGGACCUCGGUGAGAGAACAGAAAUCACCGCCGUAGCAAGCCAGGGGCGGUAUGGGAGCUCAGAUUGGGUGACACACUACCUGUUAAUGUUCAGUGACACAGGAAGGAACUGGAAACAGUAUCGCCAAGAAGACAGCAUUUGGGCGUUCGUAGGAAACUCCAACGCAGACACUGUGGUGCACCACAAAUUGCAAAACUCAAUCAAAGCCAGGUUCUUGCGGUUUGUUCCUCUUGAUUGGAAUCCUAAUGGAAGAAUCGGAAUGAGGGUUGAAGUUUAUGGCUGCUCUUACAAAUCGGAUGUUGCCAAUUUUGAUGGGAAGAGCUCCAUGUUCUACAGGUUCAGCCAGAAGAGCGUGACCACGGUAAAGGACAUGAUCUCCCUCAAGUUCAAGACAAUGCAAAGUGAUGGAGUGGUCCUGCACGGAGAGGGACAACGGGGAGAUUACGUCACGCUGGAGCUGAAGAAAGGCAAACUCUCAUUAGAGAUCAGAUUAGGUGAUGCAACACUUCGAACCAUUGAUGGCUAUUCCUCUGUCGUACUGGGCAGUCUCCUUGAUGACCAACAUUGGCAUUAUGUUGCAAUUGAACGUAAUAAAAAGCAAGUGAAUUUUACUGUGGAUGCAGACACGCAACACUUCCAAACCAACGGGGAAUUUGAUGUCUUGGACAUUGACUAUGAGCUGAGCUUUGGAGGGAUUCCAAUUCCAGGCAAAUCUGUGACUUACGUCAGGAAGAACUUUCACGGCUGCAUUGAAAACCUCUAUUACAAUGGAGUGAAUAUUAUUGAUCUGGCCAAGAGACACAAGCCCCCAAUACAUAUCAUGGGGAACGUGACAUUUUCCUGCACAGAGCCCCACAUCGUCCCGGUCACUUUCAUGACUUCCAGCAGUUACUUGCAGUUGCCCGGAACAAGUCAAAUGAAUGAAUUAUCUGUCAGCUUUCAAUUCCGUACCUGGAACAAGGAUGGUCCGCUGCUGUACACUGAACUUCACAGAACAUCUGAAGCUCUGCAGAUUUACCUCAGUGACGGUAAACUGCAAGUAGCAGUUCAUGAAUCAUUGAGGAGCCAAGCUGACAUCACUACAGGGAGCAAUCUGAACGAUGGACAAUGGCACACCAUCCAUUUGAGUGCCAGACGGAAUCAUAUCAGUGUCCAGUUGAACGGUGAAGCUGCCAUGACUGCUCACUUGACCACACAGAUGCGGAUGUACUCAGGAGGCAGCUACUAUUUUGGAGGCUGCCCUGGAAAUGACAUUGAUGCUGGAUGUUCAAACACAGUCGGUGUCUUUCAAGGUUGUAUGCGACUUGUGUACAUUGACAACCAACUUGCUAACCUCAUUCUGGUGCAACAAGGCUUGCAAGGCAACUUCAGUGAUUUACAAAUAGACCUGUGUGGCAUCAUGGACAGGUGCUUGCCGAAUUACUGUGAGCAUGGCGGAGAAUGCUCUCAGUCCUGGAGUACCUUUUACUGUGACUGCAGAGGGACUGGCUAUACAGGAGCCACCUGCCAUAACUCCAGGUAUAAGCAGUCGUGUGAGACAUAUAAACACACAGGGAAUACAUCUGGCUUCUUCUCCAUUGAUCCCGAUGGCAGUGGUCCACAGAGACCUUUGCUCGUCUAUUGCAAUAUGACAGAAGAUAGAACCUGGACCAUAAUUCAGCACAACAACACGAAGGAAACCAAAUUACACAGUUCUCCCAAUCACGACAAGCCUUACGUCGCGUCGUUCAACUAUAGUGCCAAUGUGGAACAGCUGCAGACAAUGAUUGACCAUGCUGAGCACUGUGAGCAGGAGAUAGCCUACCACUGCAAGAACUCACGCCUCCUGAAUACACCUGAUGGCACACCAUUGACCUGGUGGAUUGGGAGGACCAAUGAGAAGCAAACUUACUGGGGAGGUUCGUCACCAGGCAUUCAGAAAUGUGCCUGUGGAUUGGAGGAGAGCUGCUUGGAUACCAAGUACCACUGUAACUGCGAUGCUGACAGAGAUGAAUGGACUAAUGACACAGGGCUUCUGUCAUACAAAGAUCACUUGCCUGUGACUCAGAUUAUUAUUGGAGACAUUAACAAGACAAACUCUGAAGCCACCUACAAGCUUGGACCACUACGUUGCCAUGGUGAUGGUAAUUACUGGAAUGCGGCUUCCUUCAACACCGAGUCCUCGUAUCUGCACUUCCCCACAUUUCAUGGUGAGCUCAGUGCAGACAUUUCAUUCUUCUUCAAAACAACCGCAUCCUCAGGAGUCUUCCUGGAGAAUCUCGGAAUUAAGGACUUCAUAAGGAUAGAGCUGAACUCCCCGAUGGAAGUGCUAUUCUCAUUCGACGUGGGUAAUGGGCCAUCGGAGGUUAUUGUGAAGUCAUCCACCCAUCUGAACAACAACCAGUGGCAUUAUGUCAGAGCGGAGCGAAAUAUCAAAGAGGCAUCUCUUCAAGUGGAUCACCUGCCAAGCAAGACUCAAGAGGCCCCAGAUGACGGACACAUCCACUUACAGCUCAACAGCCAGCUAUUUGUAGGAGGAACCGCCUCAAGACAGAAAGGAUUCCUCGGAUGCAUUCGGUCCCUGCAACUAAAUGGGAUGACCCUUGACCUUGAGGAAAGAGCAAAAAUGACCCCAGGGGUGAAGCCAGGAUGUCCAGGGCAUUGCAGCAGUUACGGCAACCUGUGCCACAAUGGGGGGAGGUGCAUCGAGAAAUAUAGCGGCUAUUCCUGUGACUGUGGCCACUCUGCUUAUGACGGACCAUUCUGUAAGAAAGAGAUUUCUGCAAUCUUGGAAGCUGGGACAUCAUUGGUUUAUGAUUUCCACGAAUCUUAUGGCGUUGGCAAAAAUGUCAGCAGCCACUUAUCUGCGAUCUACUCGGACAUGACGCUUUCGAGGGAGAACAUAGAGUUCAGUUUUCGAACCACCCACACUCCAAGUGUGCUGCUUUAUGCAGACUCCUAUUAUGAGGAAUAUAUAGCAGUGGUUUUGUGCAGUAAUGGGAGCCUCCAUAUCAGAUACAAGCUGGAUAAUGAUAAAGAUGCUGAUAUCAUCAACAUCGAUAGCGGAAAGCUGGCAAAUGGACAACUCCACAGUGUGAAGAUUGAUCGAGAAGGGAGAGAUGUCUAUGUUCAGAUUGAUCAGCUCCCAACACUGAGAUUCAACCUGUCAUCAGGAACUGACACAGAGUUCAAUGGCAUGAAAUCCCUGAUCCUGGGCAAGAUCAUGGACAUUAGUGGGCUGGACAAAGAGCUCCUAAAAGCAAACACUUGGGGAUUUAUUGGCUGCCUUUCUACCGUCCAGUUUAAUGGGAUCACACCACUCAAGGCUGCCCUACGUCACUCCAGUGCUGCACCGGUCACGGUCAAGGGCAGUUUGGCUGAGUCAACAUGUGGCAUUUCAGGAUCAGCUGGUUCAAGAGCCAUUACAACAACCCAUCCACUUGCAGAUCACCCAGGGGCAAUUGAAGAGGGAAAGCUACUAACGAAUGCAAUAAGGAGUGACUCAGCAGUCAUUGGAGGUGUGAUAGCGGUGGUGAUCUUUGUCAUCCUCUGCGUCAUAGCUGUCAUGGGACACUUGUUAUACAGACACAAAGGCACGUAUCGCACCAACGAAACAAAAGGGGUGGAAUAUGCUGAGAAUACCGACACCACAUUGAAGAACAAUGCCAAUUAUCAGGACUCCAUUAGUGAAGGCAAGAAGGAAUAUUUCAUCUGA